AUGAUUGAUUUGUUAAUUACUUGGAGAUUGGCAAUUCCUCUAGUUAGGAAGAAGAAAAAUUGGCGGCACGAUCCUGACAGCAGAAGGAAUGUAAGUUCAGAUGGAGCAGAAGCACGCAGAAGACUAAGAGAGUGUGAUGGCUUGGUGGAUGCCCUCCUUCAUGCUCUACAGUCUGCCGUUGGCAAGAAAGAUACAGACAAUAAGUCUGUGGAGAACUGUGUGUGCAUCAUGCGGAACCUUUCCUAUCAUGUCCACAAAGAGGUCCCUGGAGCUGAUAAGUACCAAGAACUAGAUGCCAGUCAGACUGCAAGCCUGGGAGGCUCUCAGAAGAAGAAGAAAGACGAUGCUGGUUGUUUUGGUGGAAAAAAAGCUAAAGGAAAGAAGAAUGGAGAUUUGGACAGGAAUUUUGAUACACUUGAUUUGCCUAAGCGGUCUGAAGCAGCAAAAGGCUUUGAAUUACUGUACCAGCCAGAUGUGGUCCGACUGUACCUCUCCAUCCUCACCGAAAGUCAGAACUUCAACACUCUGGAAGCUGCAGCAGGGGCUUUGCAGAAUCUCAGUGCUGGCAACUGGACGUGGUCCACGUACAUCCGUGCAACAGUGCGGAAGGAGAGAGGCUUACCAGUACUUGUGGAGCUGCUCCAGUCCGACUCCGACAAGGUUGUGAGGGCUGUGUCAAUUGCCCUGAGAAACCUUUCCAUGGAUCGUCGCAAUAAAGAUCUUAUAGGUAGUUAUGCCAUGGGUGAGCUGGUAAGAAAUUUGCCCAGCAGGCAACAGAGAUCUGCAAAGAACCUGGAAGAGGAUACAGUGGUUGCGGUGUUGAAUACUAUCCAUGAAAUCAUUACUGACAGCUCAGAAAAUGCAAGGUCUCUGAUCCAGACACAGGGCAUUCAGAAGCUGGUAGCUAUCAGCAAGUCAAGCCAGUCUCCCAGAGAAACAAAAGCAGCAUCUCACGUUCUUCAGAUGAUCUGGAGCUAUAAAGAACUACGAAAUGCCCUGCAGAAGGAUGGGUGGAACAAAUCACACUUCCAGUCUGUUUCUGCAACUCCGAAGGGUUCCAAAGGUACUGCUGGCAGGUCAGGCUAUGACGACAGCACUUUGCCUCUGGUGGAUAAAAGUCAAGAUAAUGAGAAGACUGGGAGUCGUGAUAUGAUACCUAUGGAUGAACUUGGCCCAGAUGGGUACUCCACCAUCGAUCACCGGGACAAGGAGCGCAAAUACAAGACCAGUGAUAACACAGGGGAUGCCUCAGAGAAAGAACCUUUAAAAAAUGACACAAAUAGGAAAAACAUUAACAGGAGUAACAGGGCUUCGGUGAAUCUCGUGGAUGCCCGUGACAUUAAACCCCAGCCUGUUGACUCCUGGGUCUAAUUUGCAUGCAUGGGCUAGAGUCCAACCACAUUUUUUUUAAUUGAGGGGGAAAAACAAACAUUGAAUCGACACAGAGGAUCUCAUCAGUCACCACUGCCAUUCAGAUUCGGAGGGCGCUGCAUCACUGACCAGGCUGCAGGUUCUAGGAGGAUGUGGGGAGAAAACACAACUGACUGCCAUUGCCAACCCCGGAGCACCAUGCCUUACAGCGAGACAAUUUGGUUUUUAACUCAGUUACAUUCCCACCAGAAAUAGCCACCACCUCCCCCUCCCUCCCACUCCUGCAAGAAGAAAGAAAGAAAACAAGAAAAGAGAAUCCAAGCUUCUAUCUAGCUGGCUGCGUUCUUAGGUGACUCUUACGUGUGGAUGGUGCCAAGUAUGAGAAGCGAAGGUCAUGCGGCAGCAAAGAAGACAGCUUCACAAGUGAAAGAGAAACUGCAGAAUAUUUGAAAUAAUAUCGUAGGUGUAGCCAUGAAGAUAAUAGCACUUUUCUGGUUUGGGGCUCAUUGUUUUGUUUUUUGUUUUGGGGGAUUUCUUUUGAACUGUGAAUCUAACAUUUUUAAAGGCUUUUUGAAAAAUGUUUAGGUUUAUUAUUUCCACAGAAAGUGCAGGAAUGUUGAGUGGGUUUACUGGAUUUCAAUGAAGGGAGAAAAUGCAGAACAAAAACUAUUAAACGCUGGUCAAAUGAACUGGAGAGUGGAUGACAGAGUUGAUGCAAGCUGUAUAAUCUGCUUUUAGAGUAAGCUAUAUCAAUCACAGUGCUAUAUUAUCAUUAUAAUCUGGUGUACAAUACUUCUGCCUUUUGAAUUCUGUAAUGGCCGUUUUUAUUUCCACACACUGAAGAGCAGUUUAUUGAAGGUUUCAGUGUCCCUGGUUCAGAAAUCUAUGCUGAGAAAUGGAGUUGGCUGGCUUUUUAUUUUCUUGUUCUCGAAGAUUGCAAUAAGGAGCUUUUACAUUUUAAAGGUACCAGUGUUGCAUUGGUGAUGAUUUAACAAUUUCUUUUGCCAUAGCUGUUAACACAUUGGAAGAAAAUAAGAGCUUUUUUGUAGGAUGUCUUAUUUUGAACAUGCUAUAAAUUUUAGAUGCGUCUGUCACUCAUUUUUGAUGAUAAAUGUAUCACUGUUGGAUCCAUGUUUGCUUUGGGCUGUAGAUCCUGAUGCACAAUGCCACAAAGGGAACUGGUUUGGCAUUUUUGAAAUCAUUAUCAUGAUUUCUGCGUUCCUUUGGUUUUGUUUUGAGAUUACAUAUUUCAUUUGAUGUGAAAAUCACCCAUGUGCAACGGUUCUCCUCUAAGAUGCCAAGGCCUGCUUUGUGUAAGUACAAGAACGUACUCUGCAUAUAUGGUAUCUGGCAGUGCCGUGAACUAAGUGACUUCAGAUCAUGAUUUCCUCCAGGCAUUGGUCAAGGGAGGGCAGCAGGUGAGAAUAGGAAGCAAAUAUCACACUGGCAGCAUCGGAGGACUUAUGCUGAUCUUAUUUGGUUGCCACUGUUCUUUGAUUGCCACAUUUAGUUUUAAACAAGCUCCUAAAAACGGUGUGACUGGAAAGCACAUUUUUGAAUCUAGCAAACAUCAUUUGCGGUUUUCAGUGCCUGCCGUUUCCUUUGUAAUUAAAAAGGGGAAAUAUCCAACAACCUCACCUCCCCCAAAAUAUUACUGUAAUAGUAAACAUCUAAAAUUUUUGU